CCUGGGACGGAGAUAACUGCAGCUACGCAGAAAGCUGGCUGAUAAUGGAGGCAAGUGGCGUGCACAGGCUGAAGUGAGAUCCAAGAAUGGCAGGUCUGACUUGAUGUAAAUAAAGAUAACAUCCUCAAUCCACAUCGCCUCAGCAGUGGCUAUCUGUCCCACUGUGAGUUGUGCUGGCCCACUUCAGCGGACGUCAUUUUGAGAUCGGUGUGUGUACGCCUAAGAGACGAUGUACUGCCUUCAGUGGUUGCUUCCGGUUCUCCUGAUCCCCAAGCCGCUGAACCCGGCCUUAUGGUUCAACCACUCGAUGUUCAUGGGCUUUUACCUGCUCAGCUUUCUUCUGGAGAGGAAGCCAUGUACCAUUUGUGCCUUGGUGUUCCUGGCAGCCCUGUUCCUGAUCUGCUACAGCUGCUGGGGGAACUGUUUCCUGUAUCACUGCCAUGAUUCUCCACUGCCAGACUCUGCACAUGACCCCAGCAUUGUGGGUACCUAGAUUACUCCUGUUUGUGGCCACUAAGUAUGAGUGCACCUCGUAUGAUGGCUUACAUCAACAAGGACACUGGACAAUCUGUAUCUAGGCUGUGAAUACUCUUCCAACCUUCAACUGUUAAAUGCUGAGGAACAUUUGUCUUCUAAGCCUCCUGCCUCUGAUUAUGCAGGAAAGAUUGUGUCCUCCAACACCCCCAUUACCCCCUCCCUCCCCUCACACCUCCUGGUUUUGAGUGUAGGUCCCUCACUCGGCAGUACUGGAUCUGCAAUUUGCAUGGGUUGCCUUUAGUCUUUGAUUUCCCCCCCCUCAUGUUGCAGAUGUGUUCAUACAUACAUACAUGUUUGUGUGUUUUUUUUUUGUAAUAUUUUGCUGAAAGUUCCCAAAGGGUAGAAAACAAUGUUUGUCUGUAUGAUCUGGUUUUGGUUGUGGAAUUCAUAGACGAACGGUAUGAGUAAGUCAUAAGUAUUAUAUGGCAGCAAAAAUUAAUGUGAAUAACUGUGUCCCUGCGUAGAUCUUUGGAUAUCAGACCCUUGGAAAAAAAUCCAAAAAAAACAAACAGAAAUCUUAAUCAAGACUUCAAAGAGGGGUGGUCUGUUCCCAAGUCUGUAUAGUAAGGUGGCAUUGGCACAUUGUAAAUGAUAUUUCAUCUUUUUAAUUUAAUAAAGUUAAGUUUUUAAAAUCAGACAGGAGUUACUUUCCAUGUGCUAAUGGGGUAUGAUUUUUUUUCUCCCUUCUCAUUUCUCCAACACUGAGCGGAGAUGCUGGAUACCACUGAUGAUGGUGGCCUUGAUGUUAUGCAUGACUGAUUGACUAUGUCUCAGUGUUAAGGGUGGGAUGUGAUUGUGGGGACUGCUGCUGGCAAAGGACUUUAAAAAAGCAGAUCUGAGCCUUGGAGUAAUAAUUGACUUGCUUGGCCUGCGUUAACUGAAAUCUGAUAUACUAGUAGAUUGAAAAUGAAACUAAAUGGGUAAUUAAGUAGCAUUAAAAAAUUAAUUGCAUUCACUGAUAAAGUAAAUGGUGAAUGUAUCAUGGUGCUUGGGGAAAUUUGUUUGAUUUGCAUUAGUAGUUUAGAAAUUUGCGGCCCAUGCAAAGUAAUGAACAUUUGAUUAAAGGAUUUGGGUCUUGAUGGUGUUUGUUACAAGUAACAGCACCUUAGCUUAUGGAACUGAUGAGGGUAUCAGUCAGAACCCAAGCAUCAAAAAACAAUUUGUUACUGACCAUCCACUGAACUACAGGUGCCACAACUUGUUCAUAGAAGUUUGCCUUGUCUGCUUUUAAAGAUAUUUUUGACAAUGAGUCCAACAAAACGUAUGUAUUAUGUGUUUUGUUAAUACUGUUGCAAUAGCUAAUGAUAAACUGUUUGCCAUUAAAGGAGAUAAGACUUCAUAGUUCUAAUUUCAUCUUUUGUGAAGUUGUGUCGAACCCAAACUUUUACGGUUCUGUGUUAUCCAAGGUCUGUGUCCUAUGUUGUUUUGUUCUUCUGUCAGUUUGAAAGAAUUUGGCAGAAUAGAAGGCAGUUUCUGAAGAUUAGAAAUUGGAGACUGAAUGCACAUUUUUGCUCUGGUUUUGAAUGCAUGUGUAGGGUUGACCCAAGCCCAUACUGUGUGUAAUAGAUUCCCAAUUGAUUUUUUUUCUGUGCAGGCUCACAUGGGGCAAAUUCCACAGCCACUUGGAGGGGGGCACUGAAAAUAAGUCUAUAAACAUCCUAACAUUUUUGAUGCUGAAUACAGAUUAAUUUUUGGGGUUCCAAAAUAGGACACAAAUGAAAAUUAUGUGCAGUUUUGUCACCAAUCCCUAUUUAUUCUGAAGUGUUCAAAAAAAAAAAAAAAAAAGAAGCCAGCUCCACGGAUUGAGAGAACUUUAGAACCAUAAAGCUGUCUCUGCUGGUUGCUCGUCUUGUCUUGGCUGUCUGAUAAAAGUCCUGUGCAAUUGCUCCCCCUGCCUCUUAAGUGUAGCCCUAGAUCGUGUGACCCAGAUCCUUCUAUUUCCAUUCUGUGUGUUUGGAAAAGUGUAACUAGAGCUUUUGAUAUUUAAUACAAGAAAUAAUUGCAGGCAUAAAAUUAGCAGCUGCUGCUCCAGCCUUCAGCAGGCUGUUAGCCUGUGCUGAAGGAUAUAGGGUCAUUCGCCAUGGUCCA